GGUUUACAUAACACGGGUCGGGCUGGUUGUAUGUCUUUUAUGGGAAUUGAGAUCCCAUACGUACGGUUUUAAACUUUCAAGGAAAGCGCGGAAUGAAUAAUCUGGUCGCACUGUUGUCAUCACUACCGUUUAUCACACUACAUAUGUGUGAACCUAGCUGUCCUCCCAAUAUUGCAGAACUCGCACCCAACGUAUGCUUAUUUCGCAAUGGUUCAGUCCGCUCAUACUGCGAAGCACACAAAGUUUGUGCGGACUAUCACGAGCUCCAUGGUGUACACGCCUUUCUUAUUGGAAAAGAUACUAAUUACAUAGAAAAAUUCGAUCGUGCAAGCAUACCCGAUAUAGAAACAUUUACCAGUAUAAACAGCCUUUAUCGUACCAGACCACAUACCGGAGAAGCAUGGCGUGUGGGUGACCCGAGGGAAGCAAACUUUACAACGAGCGGGAUGGAAUUUAGCUGGAAUAAGACCGGUGGAUCUGAAAGCCGCAUCGUUGUGUACUGGCACCAGAAAUUGGUCGCUGUUCCCCAGCGGGACCAGAUGGGUGUAGCCAUGUGUCAAUUCUCUCCAUCCGUGCACAACUUCUCAGCUGUGGAACAGUUCAGAAAAAACUGGCCUCCGCAAGGUGAGAUUGUAACAGAGGGUGACUCGGCAAAUGGCUGUUGGGAAGUCAAGACAGUUCACUCAAAGAUACAAUGUGCAUUCAGCUGCAAGAUCCAUCAUUAUUGCCGUUCGUUUUACUACAAUGAGAAAACAAAGGAAUGCAAGCAAUCGAUUUAUGUAGACUCUUCUCUGUUCGUGCAAGAUAUCAAUUCGGCUGGUGAGUGGGUUCGUUUCGGAAGACCAUUCUGGGGAUUCUAA